UGCACGCUGCAAGACUUUUGGUUUGUUUGCAAUAUUUUGUUAUAACUUAUAAACAAUAACUAUAAAUUGCUUCAAUUAACGAUUAUUUUUUAUAGCCAACUACCUAUUAUGUUUAAAAAAAAUUACUUAGUUCAAAGUUUAGCUAUAUAAUGUCUUAAGUGUUAUAGAUUUUAUAAGACCUAAUUGUUAUUUAUUUAUGUAACUAGUAGUUAUAUUUUUUUUAAAUAAGUAAAAAAUACAAAUCCAGCUGAAAAAAAUGGUAGAGGUACUACGAGAUAAAGAAUUUCUCGUUAAAGAGUAUCUAGAAACUCGUGGAUUAUAUAGCCAUCACAUAAAUUCAUUUAACGCAUUCAUUGAUCGAGAUCUAAAGAAAAUUGUUCAACAAAACCAUGCCGUACGCAGUGACGCUGAUCCAAAUUUUUACCUUCAUUUCAAAAACGUUACAGUCGGUCAUCCACAGGUAGAUGACGGUUUCAAUGUUACACGAAACGUUACACCACAAGAAUGUCGUCUCCGAGAUCUCACUUACUCAGCACCCAUAUAUGUUGAUAUUGAGUAUGUGAAAAGCGGCAUGAAGUAUCUGCGUAAAGGAUUUAUUAUAGGCCGUUUGCCAAUCAUGUUGAGAAGUAACCGUUGUUGUUUAUACCAGAAAUCUAAUGCCGAACUGGCCAAGAUGAAAGAAUGCAUAUACGAUUCUGGUGGUUACUUUAUUGUGAAAGGUACUGAAAAAGUAAUACUCAUGCAAGAACAACCAGCCAAAAAUAAAAUUUUAGUUGAAAAAGAUUCAAAUGGUGUACCAACAGUACAGGUAAUGAGUAGUACUGUUGACAAAAAAUCUAAGACUAAUAUUAUAUUUAAAAAAAAUUUAAUAUAUGUAUGCCACAACGCUCUUGAAGAAAACGUACCAUUUGUUGUUUUUAUGAAAGCUUUUGGGGUUUGCUCCGACCAGUUAAUAUUACAAAUGGUGGGAACAGAAUUUCCUGUUAUGAAUCAAAUGUAUCCUUGUUUUAUUGAAUGUAACAAGUUGGGUAUAUUUACUCAAAAACAGGCCCUGAGAUAUAUUGGAGAUAGAAUUAAAAAAAUGGGUUUCGCUUCAGAUGACUAUGACAGCCGAGUCAUUACCGAAGUACAUGACUUUUUAUCUACCGUUAUUUUAGCUCAUAUACCUGUAGCAAACACAAACUACCACAUGAAAGCUAUUUAUACAUCAGUGAUGGUGAGAAGAUUAAUAUUUGCUCUGUCCAAUCCUGAACUGUUUGAUAGCAAAGAUUAUUACGGUAAUAAAUGUUUGGACUUACCGGGGUCAUUUUUGAGUUUACUUUUCGACGAUACCUUUAAACGUUUUACUUUUGAACUCAAAGCUGUUGCCGAUAAGAACAUACCAAAAGUAAAAGCGACUCCAUUUGAUAUUAUUAAAUACAUCAGAACUGAUACAAUUACUAAUUCACUCGUUUUCGCUAUUCAAACUGGCAACUGGACCAUCAAGCGUUUUCGCAUGGAAAGGCACGGGGUCACACAAGUAUUAACUAGAUUAUCGUAUUUGUCCGCCAUUGGUAUGAUGACAAGAGUAAAUUCUCAGUUUGAGAAGAGUAGAAAAGUAUCCGGUCCGCGAUCACUACAACCUUCACAAUUUGGAAUGUUAUGCCCAUCUGACACUCCUGAAGGCGAAGCAUGUGGUCUUAUAAAAAACAUAUCUCUCCUGGCUCACGUUACUACCGAAUCUGAAGACGACGACGCCGUAAUUAAAUUAGCCCUAGAUUUAGGAGUUGAAGCUGUUGGUUUACAUUCAAUAGAAGAACUCCAUGAAGACUAUAAGUAUAUAAUCAUUUUCAACGGUAACAUCAUAGGCUCGACUAAUAAAUGUAUUGAUUUUGUAGACAAAUUUCGAAUGUGCAGACGUAAAGGCAUGUUCAGUAAAUUUAUCUCAAUUUAUAUAUCAGAAAGACACAAGUGUAUUUACAUCAACUCUGGUGAUGGUAGAUUAUGUAGACCUUAUAUUGUCGUUGAAAAUGGGAUUCCUCUAUUAAACAACUCUCACGUGGAAGAUCUGAAAAAUGGCUUUUUAACAUUUCAGGAUUUCAUUGAUAAUUCUCUAAUUGAGUUUAUCGAUGUUGACGAAGAAAACAAUUGCCUAAUUGCGUUCAGCGAAGAAAAAAUUGUUCCUGGAACUACUCACAUGGAAAUGGCACCAUUUACCAUCUUAGGCAUAUGCGCUAGUGUCAUUCCUUAUCCUCAUCACAAUCAGUCGCCUCGAAAUACUUACCAAUGUGCUAUGGGAAAACAAGCAAUCGGUACAAUAGCGUUAAAUUAUUUGCAUAGAAUUGACACACUUCAGUAUAAUUUGUGGUAUACACACAUUCCGAUGGUUCAUUCAAAGGCUGUUCCUAUGAUCAAUUUCGACAAACUGCCUGCCGGCCAGAAUGCGACAAUCGCUGUGAUGAGUUAUUCGGGUUAUGACAUUGAAGAUGCGAUUAUACUUAAUAAGGCCAGCGUCGACCGAGGAUUUGGAAGAGGUGGUACUUUCAGAAAUUCUAAAUGUUUCUUGAGACAUUAUCCAAAUCAAAUGAUGGAUUCUAUACAAGGGCCCAUUAUAGACAACACGACGAAAAAACCAAUUUACAAACAUAGAGCGUUGGAUAACGACGGUAUAGCCGCUAUAGGUCAACCAGUUUUUGACAAACAAGUAACAAUCAACAAGGCGACUCCGAAAACGGUUACAGUAGAAGAUGUUGGCGGCGAUAGGGGUUUCAAAGACACUCCAAUGCUGUACAAAGGAUACGAUCCAUCUUAUAUCGACAAAGUAAUGAUAACUUCGAAUAGCGACUGUUUUCUGAUUAAAGAAAAUUUUCGACAACCGAGGAGACCAGAAAUUGGCGACAAGUUCAGUAGUAGACACGGGCAAAAAGGAGUUGUUGGUUUGAUUGUUAAUCAAGAAGACAUGCCAUUCAACGAAAUGGGUGUGUGUCCUGAUUUAAUUAUGAACCCGCACGGUUUCCCGUCUCGUAUGACGGUCGGUAAGCUAAUAGAACUGUUGGCCGGCAAAGCCGGAUUGCUGGAAGGCAAAUUUCAAGAUGGUAGUGCAUUUGGCGGAGCAACUGUUACCGAUGUGAGUAACGAGUUACAAAAAAACGAUUUCAACUAUCUGGGAAAAGACGUGCUCUACUGUGGCAUCGAUGGAAAACCAAUGGAAGCGUAUAUUUAUUCGGGCCCGGUAUUCUAUCAGCGACUCAAACACAUGGUAGCCGACAAAAUACAUGCUAGGUCCAGAGGUCCUAGAGUGUUGUUGACAAGACAGCCGACCGAGGGUCGGUCCAAAGACGGUGGACUACGAAUGGGAGAGAUGGAAAGAGACUGCCUGAUCGCGUACGGUGCAAGUAUGUUAAUAAUCGAGCGAUUGAUGUUAAGUAGCGAUGUCGUCGAAAUGGACGUAUGCAAAAUUUGUGGUUUGUUUUCGUACUCUGGAUGGUGUCACAUGUGUCAGAAAAGUAACUCCGUGUGCCGCAUUAAGAUGCCUUACGCAUGCAAAUUGCUCUUUCAAGAACUCCAAGCCAUGAGUAUUGUACCGAAAAUAUCUUUAAAAAAAUAUUGCGACUGAAACGAUAAUAAUAUAUUAUUUUAUUGUUAUGAUUUUUACAUUUCCCCCCCUCCCAUACAGUUAUUAAUAUAAUUGUUUGUUUGUAU